AUGUUUCAUACGGUAAUUAUUCGUCGAGUUCUCCGCACACGAUCAUGUGCCGGGCCUGCCGGCUAUAAAAAGGGACUUGGUAACAACCUCUCUUUUCGAAGCUUCCUUGUCUUGUGCAACUCCAAAAAUAGGGGCGAGUUUUCUCCAUCACUCCAUCCCAUUUUCUGAACCAUGGCCGAGGCAGCUGCCAAGCCACCUACUAAUGCAGUAGCAGAGGAUGAGAGGAAACUCAAAUAUUUGGAUUUCGUUCAAGUUACAGCGAUCUAUGUGAUAGUUUGCUUCUCCACUUUGUACGAAUACGCCAAAGGGAACUCCGGGCCACUGAAACCUGGUGUUGAAGCUGUUGAAGCCACUGUUAAAACCGUCAUCGGACCGGUUUACGAAAAAUUCCACGACGUGCCUUUCGAUCUCCUCAAGUUCGUCGACUUCAAGGUUGAAGAUUUGAUGAACGAAGUAGAUCGCCAUGUACCUUAUUUACUGAAGCAGACGUCAUGCCAAGCUCUGUUGCUGGCUCAGAAGGCUCCUGAAUUAGCUCGAGAUCUCGCCGGCGAGAUACAGCGUGAUGGCUUAGUUGACACGGCGAGCAGGGUAGCCAAAGCGCUUUACAAAAAGUACGAACCUACAGCCAAGGAGCUAUACGAAAAGUACGAGCCACUAGCCGAGAAGAAUGCUGUUUCGGCUUGGCGGUCUUUUAACAGGCUUCCGCUAUUCCCUCAAGUGGCUCAGAUUUUGGUGCCUACGGCUGCUUAUUGGAGCGAGAAAUACAAUCAAGCUGUGGCGUAUGCGUCAGAGAGAGGCUAUGCGGCGGCGUAUUAUUUUCCGAUUAUUCCUCUGGAGAGGAUCGCGAAGGUGUUUGAAGGCGGCGCCGGCGCCGCUGAGAACGGGCAUUCCGUUUCCGUGAAUGACGGUUCGGUUACUUUGGUGCAAUGACCAUUUUUGCAUUUCUUUAAUUUUUUCAGUAUGUGACGUAAGGAUGGACUGGGCCCAUUGGGCUUUAAUGGGCCGCUGGGUUUAAUAAUUUUGGUUUGUUUGUUUCUUACAUUGUUAUCUGUAGUGAAAAAAAGCACUAAUUGUUAUCUUUAUAUCAUAAGCCAUUAUUUAUCUAAUUCCUACAUAUACUGUAUUAGUGUGCUCA